ACCACUGAACAAAAAGUGAGAGAGAAUCAGAGACCCCUGCAGUAGCAGAACCCACUCAAAUAAAUCCCCAUAUUUAAUUUUCACAACCUCCAAUCUCUCUCUCUCUCUCUCUCUCUCUCUCUCUCUCUCUCUCUCUCUCUACCAUUCCCCACAAGUUUAUCAUCCUCAAUCCUCAAACCCUAGCAUUAAUUCCUCAAUGGGUUCUUCAUAUAUUCCGUUUUAAAGUUCAGAAACAAGAGAAAUUUUCAUUUACACAAGAAGCAUGGCCGCAUUUCCCAGCUCAAGGUACUUCGUAAUCCUCUAUUUGUUGACCCUUUCCUUCGAAUCCCUACUCGCAGACACCAAUUCGUCUUUUUCUUUCAAGAAUUUUGGUUGGAAUUCAAGUUUUGAGUCUGUUCUUGCACUUUAUGGUGAUGCAAAAGCUGUUAACGAUGGUUCUUCUCUACAACUCACUGCUCCAUCAGUUUCUAGUGCUGGUCGAGUGAUUUACAAAAACCCCAUCAAGUUCUAUGGCGGAAUCCCCGAGAAAUUGGUGUCGCUCUCCACAUACUUCUCGUUUUCAAUUUCGCCGGACUCGAAAAAUGGAGAUGGUUUAGCUUUUGUUGUGUUUUCAGAUGGGUAUCCUGUGGAUCUGUUCGACGAUAAUGGGUCAUUCGGGUUGCCAAAUGGGGAUAAUUUCAAGUUCUUAAGUGUCGAAUUUGACACAUCGAUGGACAAUAAGUAUGGUGAUAUGAAUGAGAAUCAUAUCGGGAUCGAUUUAUCUAGUUUUGUGUCGUUGAAAGCAAUGAACUUAUCUUCCGUCAAUUUGGGACUCAAAAGUGGUAAUCGAUUGCAAGUUUGGAUCGAUUACCAAUCAAGUUCAAGGCGAUUGGAGGUUAGAUUGAAUAGAUAUGGUGAAACCCGUCCUGUUGACCCGUUGUUAUUCCAUCGAAUUGAUUUGGCUAAAAUCUGGCCUGGAAAUGAGGGUUUUUUCGUGGGGUUAACUUCAUCAAAUGGGAACUCUUCACAACUCUGUAAUCUGUAUUCAUGGAGCUUUAAAACAAGGCAAUCACCAGAUUGGAUGCAUUCUGAACCUUUGGAUCCUAUGGUUUUCAAAGAAAGGGAAGAAAACGAGAUCAAGAUUCAUAAGAAAAGUGAUUGUGUAAUGAGGAUUCUUUCUGCCCUCAUACUUGGAAUCGGAUUAGGAGCAUUAGGAAGCUUUAUUGGAAUGUUUAUGUGGACAAUAUUUGCAAAAAGACGGCCGAUUGCCCCUGAAGAUUAUGCUAUGAAACAUGUGGUUCUUAAUAAAUCCUCAUCAAAUGAGAAGCAAUAGGUAAGAAAGAAGCAUUUCACUAGUUGUUUAGAUGUUAUUCCAUAUUUCUUGUGAAUUGUAAAUGGAUUUUGCUUGUGGUGAUCUUGUAACUGUUUGUUGUUAUUGUGUUACUAAAUUUCAGUUAUUAAAUCUUCUGAAUCUAGUGUU